ACCAAUACGAGUCGAGAUCGUUCUGAUGAAUUGAGAAGGAAGAUUACGAACAGAGCGAUUGGUUGUGCAAGUAAUUGUUGAGCUUCUCUGUGCAUUGAUGUAACGGAGAAAACUUGAAUGGACGAAGUUAUUAUGACACAAAUUAGACGGAGAGAAAAAUACAUAAGACAUGGACCCAUGGCAGCUCUCCAGUAAUGGUUUAUUGCUCGCUUGAACAUGAACGGGAGCGACGCGUGAGUUUUCGACUUGCGAAUGAAUAGAGGGAACUGUGGAGCAUAAGAAACACGGUCACGAGUCGGAGGCGCGAGCAGCGAUUUGGAUUUCGGCGUACUGGAUUUCGGGUCACCACGCAGAGGAUUUGAAAAUUGCUGUGCCAUAGCGCAAUACCUGGACUGCGGGUGGAUCGUGAGAGCGGACUUUUCUUGGCGCUGAGCGCGUUGUGAGGAUCGUGCGAGAUCAACUGUCUCUACAUUUCGUCGCACAGAUUGCGUUUCUUGUAAGACAGCCGCGGAAUGGCUUCAGAAAUCAACAAGGAGGCUUUUGUAGAACUACAGGGCCGGCUGGUGGAAACGACCACUAAGCUGAAACAGGUGCAGAUGCAAGUCAGGAAUAAGGAAGUUGAGAAGAAACGCGCCUUCUUGACUUUGGAAGAGUUGAAUUCUCUCGCGGAAAAUACGAACACAUACAAAUCAGUUGGCAAAGCGUUUUUUCUCACGCCAAUGGUAACUUUGGUGACGGAGCAGAAGGCCAAAACAGAAGAAUGUGAUACCACACUGGCUACCUUACAGGGUUCAAAAGAAUAUCUGGAGCGACAGAUGAAGGAGGUCGAGAGCAGUUUCAGGGAGUUGCUUCAGCAGUCACCAGCUCUUGCACGACAAGUCAUGGCAAUGUCUGUUUCAUAGACACCUGGCACCACAAAUACAUUUAUGCCGUUUUGGCCGUUUGGAAAUUGCCAUGAGCUUGAGCUUCGGCAGAAUCAAUUUUCAACCGAAAUCUCCGGAAUCUGAUAGCUUCAGUAGAAGGAUAACUCCAGGGUUACACGAUCCCAAAUUUACCGACUCACACACUGCUGAUUACCAUGCAUACUUGAUGAGGGAGCGGUCGUUUGUGUAUCGUUUUUGGCCAGCUUUUCAGUAGGAUGAGUACUAGGCAGUGUUGUGAAGGUCUAGAACAACGGAUGAGUAUGUUGCAUUUAUGUGACAUUCGUGUCACAGAAGAGAGUCGGCCUUGACUGUACCGUAUCCUUCGAGACGGAAUUCCAGAUAGGUUUACAUGUUUACAUAUUUUAGAGGCAUCAAGGCAAAUGCAGUUGUAUGACAAACCGAUUCCGUUUCUUGAGAGGAUCAUUUUUAUGUUGUAAUUCAGUUUCUCGAAAAGAAGUAAAAUUUUUGGCUACCGGGUUCAAAAUUCACCAUCAUUUUAUUAUUGCUUCUCCGGCCAGCCUUACAGUUCACUUUAUCCUAGAAAUAAUGGUCUAAAGUAAACCCUAUGGGCCUUGCACAAGGAUUGGGGUCCUGGGGUGUCACCAGUGAGCGACAACAUCUAGAGUAGUGCAAGUACAGUAUAUUCAGGCUUGUGACUGAGGCUGAUCCGUCGGAAACGGAUGGACAAUGGAGGAAUCCUAAAUACAACAGAUGCUAGGGAAUACGCGUUCACGCAGUGAAAUCACGUUCUUCUCGCCAUAACGAAUGCUUCCGUUGUUGUCACGCGUCUCUGAACAUUACAUAGCCAUUGGGGCUCACUACCGCCCCUUUCUCAGACUAUGUUUGACCUCUUUCAUUACUCGAGACUACAACGCCGUAAGGCACAGUUGAAAAUAUACCAGCAGCGUCUUCCGCAAAUUUUCGUAAAUUUGCACACAACGUUCAGACUGCGAAGUGCAGCUGAGCGGAUAGAUCGCUCCUCAUGGGUUCAGUUAGGUAAACCUCUCUGCACCUCCUCCACUAUUUCUAAACAUCGAUAAAGUACUGACUGUAGACAAUCGAUUGCCAACAUCAUGUCUGCACUUGAGUCUGUUUCGGAAUCCACUCUCUCCAACACACUUCUGACGCUUAAAGCCUGUUCCCUGAUCGGCAAAAGCCAAUAUGUCCGGCCCUUCACAAGUUCAUCAUGACCGAGCACUUGUGUAUAAUUGGUAUUUC